AUGGAGUAUCCGGACUUUCUGGGAGUAGAUCAGGUUUCUGUUGGCAUGGGCUUGCUAGCUGGUUCGACUAUAAUGCUCAUAACAGUAGUAUGGGGUUCAUGUGUUUUUAUUGGCAAGUGCGAUAUUGAGAAUAAUGUUGCCAUUAUUGAGAAUAAUGUUGCCAUAGAUAACAAAGAUACUAAAGGGUUGAGCUUAACAGGUAGAAAAUCACAUGUUCCGUUUGGAUCCAUCUAUGGUUCUGGUGUCACUACUGAUACCCUGACUAGCUAUUCUGCAAUAAUUAUGGCUGUAUCUGUCAUCCCAUUUAUUGUUGCACAGCUCCUCAGUUCCACCUAUUUAAGACAGUUGGCAAUUUUAAUCGGACUAGUUCUUUCUCUUGCACUAUUGAUUUCGUACUGCAUGUAUCAGGUAUUUGAGCCAUGGAUCCAGAGGAGACGCCUUGCUUAUGCAAAGCACAAGCAUGUUAUAUCAGGACUUCUUAAACAUCUAAAGAAGCGUGCAUUGGGAAAGCUCCUUGACGAAAACGGCAUAGUCAAUGAAGCUGUUAUAUACAAGUUAUUUGACACAAUUGAUACGGACAGCAAUAAACAUCUUUCACUUGCUGAGUUGAGAGCACUGAUGGUUGGAAUCCGGUUUGAUGAAAUAGAGUUGGAUAAGGAUGAUGCUGUAGAUAAAGUGAUGAAAGAUUUUGACACUUCUCAUGAUAGUCAGAUAUCGCGUGAAGAAUUCAAAGUUGGUGUCCAAAAAUGGCUUAAUGAGGCAAAACAUGCAGGAAACUCCACUUCUUACUCUGGUAGUCGCACUGAGAAAAUUUUAGAUGACUUCCAUGAGCAAACAAAGAAAGAGCAUCAGCUUAUUGUGAGGGGGGAAGAGCAAAGCGAUGAGGUUGUCGAGGGUGUUGAUAAUCCCAAGAAAACCUCAAUCAAAGCGGGGUUGAUGUUGUUGGCCGGAACUCUGAUUGCGGCUGCAUUUGCUGAUCCCCUGGUAGAUGCUGUUGAUAAUUUCUCAGAUGCCACAAGCAUUCCAACUUUCUUCAUUUCAUUCAUUGCACUACCUUUGGCUACUAAUUCUAGUGAGGCUGUAUCUGCGAUAAUCUUUGCCAGCCGUAAAAAGAAAAGGACUGCCUCACUAACAUUUUCUGAGUUGUAUGGUGCAGUAACCAUGAAUAACGUCCUCUGCCUAUCAGUAUUUUUGGCCCUGGUUUAUGUUAGGGGAUUAACAUGGGACUUCUCCGCUGAAGUCCUCGUCAUUGUUAUCGUUUGCGUUGUGAUGGGUGUUUUUGGCGGUUUACGCACCACCUUCCCUCUUUGGACAACGUCCAUCGCUUACCUACUUUACCCGUUCUCCCUGGUACUGGUUUAUGUUCUGGAUUAUAUUUUUGGCUGGUCAUAGACUCCGGACGUUAUAUGGAUUCAUUAUUCUCCCUGGCACUGGUUUAUGUUCUGGAUUAUUUUUGGCUGGUCAUAGACUCCGGAUGUCAUAUUGAUUCAUUAGGUUGCUCAUAGUUUUCAUUCUGUUUGUAUCCUAGAUUUCUAUGGUCUUUAAUAAUAUUACCGUUGUGAGUAGGCAUUCAGUUUCA